GGUUUGUAUGUCAGUCAGUUGUUUCCAUCCGCCAAUAUUACAUGGCAAUCGGACAAAAAGUUUUCGGCUCGUCUUAAGGUCCUACUUCGACUGGAUCAAUUUUUUCUCUGCCCUCUACGAUUUAGUGAAACUAGCUUAAAAUGACGCACUUUCACGAAAUAGUGUCUCUAGUCCUAGCUGUUAGCUUAGUUUACUAUGUAGAUUCAGUCAAUGCUGCUCGGAACAACAAAUUUGUGACAUGUGGCUCCGUUCUUAAACUUUACAAUACGGACUACAGAGUAAGGUUGCAUUCGCAUGAUGUCAAAUAUGGAACGGGCUCCGGACAGCAGUCGGUUACUGCCACCGAGGUGCAGGAGGAUGUCAACAGUCACUGGGCUAUCAAGGCUGGAACCGGAAAGCAUUGCGAGCGAGGAGAACCGGUAAAGUGUGGCGACACUAUACGUCUGCACCAUUUGGCAACGAACAAAAAUCUGCACUCGCAUCAUUUCCAGAGCCCGCUUUCAGGAAACCAAGAAAUUUCCGCCUACGGAGACGAACAAGGACUUGGUGACUCCGGUGAUCACUGGAUGGUCGUUUGUACGGGUGAAUUCUGGCAGCGUAACAGUCCGGUGAAGCUGCGGCACCUGGACACCGAUAUGUAUCUGUCGGUUUCCGGUCGAACCUUCGGUCGUCCCAUCAAUGGUCAGAUGGAGGUGGUGGGCGUAUCGAGUCCAUAUUCGGGAACUGACUGGAGUGCUGCGGAAGGACUGUUUAUCCACCAGACGGAAAGCGACAAUGCGCCUAGGCACACUGAGUUGUAAGCGAGUUAUGGGUGGACGAGUUAGGACAAAAUGAGACGAGUGUGAGUGUAUGAAUAUGUGCGAGUAAGCUCUUUAUGACGCAGAACUAAGACUUUGAAACCAAACGAGAAAAGGUAGUGAACCUCCGGGACAUAGAAAUAGCUAAUUUGUUCGCAGUGUAUCAUGAAGUGACGGAAUCUUAAAACGGUAUAGCACUAUGAGUUUGUAAGUUCGCUGCUUUUAGGAUACAUACGAUCAAUAAACUCGACAUUUCUAUCGAACAA